AUGUCGAGCCCGGCAAAGAAGCGCAAGCUGAACAACGAUGUCAAGCAGCCCUCCAAGGGCCUCGAAUAUUUCUUCGCCAGGCAGAAGCAGAAUGCCGGCGCGGCGGUUCCAAACCUGGGAGGCGGUGAGGUGACGCCACCAGGAGUUGAAUCUGCGAGGAGUACCUCUCCUCAUGAGCUUACAGACGAGGAGCUAGCUAGAAAGUUGCAGGCUGAGUGGGAUCGAGAGGACGUUCAGGGUGGGCAGUCGGAUGAAGCCAAACAUGCUUCUGAGAAGGAGCAAGCUACGCCGUUCGAGUCUCCAUGCCCAGCAUCCGAGAGGACUGGGUUGUUGGAGACACAGAAAGGAGAACCUGCCAACCCCUUCGGGCUCAAGGGGAACAGCACUUUGUCCCUCCAGUCGAUGGCCGACGCGGAGGAGACAGCUUCGGCUUCCAUCCCCUUGGACGAGAGCCCCUUGACCUUUGAUCCGUCCAAGUACAUCCCGGAAUUAAAGAAGGCCUGGGCGGCAGAAGGCAGCAAUGCCUCGUAUGCUUUGCUCACACGGUGCUUCGUGAUCGUGGGGGGUACCACCAAAAGAAUCGCGACUGUGGAUGCGCUGGUCAACUGUGUCCGGCUUCUGAUCGAGGCUGACCCUUCCAGCUUGCUUCCGGCAGUGUGGCUAGCCACCAAUUCCAUCUCACCCCCAUACAUCUCGCUUGAGCUUGGUCUCGGCGGCUCGGCAAUUUCCAAGGCGCUGAAGCAGGUCUGUGGUCUGGAUGGGCGGGCAUUGAAGACCAUCUACGACAAGUACGGCGACCCGGGCGAUGUAGCUUUCGAAGCAAAGAAGAAGCAGAGCUUCACGUUGCGGAAGCCAAAGCCACUGACCAUCAAGGGCGUCUAUCAGUCCUUGGUUAAGAUUGCCAAUAGCUCUGGGCAGGGCAGUGUCGAACAGAAGCAGCGGAUUGUCGAUCGCCUGCUGCAGGAUGCUCGAGGUGGCGAGGAGAGCAGAUAUAUUGUCCGGACCUUGUGCCAGCACCUCAGGAUCGGUGCGGUCAAGACGACGAUGCUCAUUGCUCUCGCGCGAGCUUUCUUACUCUCUCGCCCACCAGAUGCUGACUUUCCUCUUCAAGAUCGAAACGGACUGGCGGCCAGGAAGAAGGAGGAGGUGGCAGAGAUCUACGCCAAGGCGGAAGAGCUGGUCAAGGCGUGUUUUGCCAGGAGACCGAACUAUAACGAUCUUGUGCCAGUGCUGCUCGAGAUUGGAAUCUCAGACGAGCUGUUGAUACGCUGUGGUCUCACCCUACACGUCCCGCUACGGCCCAUGCUCGGAAGCAUCACUAGAGACCUUGCCGAAAUGCUUACCAAGCUAGACGGCCGAGAGUUCGCCUGCGAGUUCAAGUAUGAUGGUCAGCGUGCGCAGAUACACUGUGAUGAGAACGGAAAGGUGACCAUCUUCUCUCGGCACCUAGAAGUCAUGACAGACAAGUAUCCCGACCUGGUCGCCCUGAUGCCCAAGAUUCGAGGGGAGGGCGUAGACAGCUUCAUCAUGGAAGGCGAAGUCGUGGCUAUCAACAGGGAGACCGGAGAGCUGAAGACGUUCCAGACGCUUUCCAACCGAGCCAGAAAGGAUGUGCAGAUCGGCAGUGUGACCAUCGACGUCUGCAUGUUCGCAUUCGACCUGAUGUAUCUCAACGGACAACCGCUGCUGGACAGACCUUUCCGCGAGCGUCGCAACCUGCUGCGGUCCCUGUUUGUCGAGGUGCCGCACAACUUUACCUGGGUCAAGAGCCUGGAUGCUACUUCGCAAGACCCCGAGACGAUACAGGAAUUCUUCAAGUCAGCCACAGAGAUCAAGUGCGAGGGCAUCAUGGUCAAGAUUCUAGAUCACCUUCCCGAGCUUGCCUACACAGGUAACAGCGGCGCUGGCGGGACCUCUGGGGAAGUUGAGAAACCCCAGUCCACGGCCAAGGGCCAAAAAACCAAGAAGGCCAAGGGCGGCGGCACCGACCUCGAGGUUGAUGAUAAGGAAAAGAAAAAGGGACGACGGAAACCUCUCCUUGCGACAUAUGAGCCAGACAAGCGCCUCGACUCCUGGCUCAAAGUCAAAAAGGACUACGGCACAACCUUUGACACGCUUGAUCUUAUUCCCGUAGCGGGUUGGCACGGACAAGGGCGCAAGAACAAGUGGUGGUCACCUAUCCUCCUUGCCUGCCGCAACGACGAGACGGCCAGUCUCGAGGUUGUGACCAAGUGCAUCUCAGGCUUCACAGAUGCCUUCUACAAGGCCAAUCGGGCGCACUAUGACGACGGCGAGGAGGGGGCUGGGGAGCCCAAGAACACAAGUAAAACACAGCCAGGCUUCAUCGAGUACAGUGGCCCCCAGCCAGAUGUGUGGUUCGAGCCGCAGGAGGUGUGGGAGAUGGCGUUUGCGGAUAUCACGCUCAGCCCCACAUACACAGCGGCCAUCGGCCUGGUGAGCGAGGAUAGGGGGCUCAGCUUGCGGUUCCCGAGGUUCCUGCGGAAACGAGAGGAUAAGAGCAUCGAAGAGGCGAGCACGAGCGACUUUUUAGCAGGGUUGUAUCGGAAGCAGGAGGCAAAGGGCCCCACCACUGGUUCUGCAUCAAAGGAAGAUGAAGGGGAGGUGGAGGUUGAGGAUGAUUGAGAUAGGGAUGCUGUAAUUGACUUUGCAAUAGAUGUGGCAUGCGCCUGGCUCUUUUCGAGACAGCCAGCUCUCUAAUCUCUCUCCAAGCACGUCAAAUAUCUAUCCCAACUUCAGCACGUAUUUUCUUCAAUCCUUCCAGGCCUUGUACACGAUUGUGGCACCAUAAGUCUCGCCCUUCUUCAGCACCAUCUGGCUCUUCCACUCGGGCUCGUUGAUGGCGUUGACCCACCGACUCGGCUCGACACAGAACCCCGCCCUCGACCCGCGUGCCGGGACACCACCCACGGCUGGGAUGUCGAUGUACUUGCCCGUGUAGAACUGGAAGGCGGGCUCGGUGCUGUAGACCUCGAGGUGGAUCUUGCUCUCGGGGUGGUACGCAGCCACCAGCUUGUUGAGGGGCUGGCCGCGUGUGUCCAGCGGCACCGAGCCGGGGUCUGCAUUCACGAU